GCACAAAAUCCAUGUUUCCAAGCUCAAGUAUAGUGUAAAUUUCUUUCUUUUCAUAUCCAGUCAUCAUCAGUACUUCUGAGGCUUUACGAGCAUUCAUGCUUCCCCUACGAUGAGGAUUGAAAUUUCCAGCGCCAACCUUGCUUGUUUUCGAUGAUCCUAGUGUUUAUGAUUACCCAGAUAGAUAAAAAUCAUAUGGUUCAGUACUGCCAUACUGGACUGACUCAAUGGGCAUUGAGUUCUGCCUACGCCCAAUUACUUGCACAUUGUUUCCGACAACGAGAUCUCUGUGGUAAGCUCAAAUGGAGUUCGAAUCCGAGAAUAGAAACCCAUGUCACGAGAAACUUGGACUUCCUUUUCGUUCCAUCGUAUGCUAUCUACAUGGUUUAACCAAUAACCUCGUGGCCCCAACCAGCACGGUUGAGCGUCUUACACAUGUGCCAAAAUCUCCACAUGCCCAAUGUGCCACUUCAGCUAAGGUCUGUGAGCUAUCACAUUGUGACUGCCACAAAAGGAUUCAAACAUACGCCUCAGAUGUUAGAUGUGAAGCACAAGAAAUGCAAAUGUGUACACUGGGUUCAAAAGUACGAAUUGGCUGCCGUUCUUCCUGUGCUUUGUCAUAUCGAACGCAGUGCAACACGGUAUUUGCCGACGGGGAAAAUGUAGAACGAGUUGGACCGAGCAGGGGCGAAUAAAAAAAGAAAAGAAAAAAAAGAAGAAAAAAGAACAAGACUUGGCGCAACAUCCGUCGUGUAACCACUCGUAAGUUCUGGUCCCCG